AGGUAUAAAAUACUUUGUUUAACUGUUUGUUUUAAAUAUUUGCAUAAAUUAUGAACUGCGCGUUUUUAUCCGUCACGGUACUUCUUACUUUUCUGGAUGUGUUGUUGUCAUCACCCACUACAAAUCGAUGCCCUGCCAUUAACGUAUCAAAUGGAAAUCUAAGAUGUUCAAGUUCCAAUAACGAUAGAUCACAUUGUUUAAUCGAAUGCAACCAAAAUUUUCACCGGUCAGUUGCAACCCCAGAAUAUAUUGUUUGCAACAGCAGCAUAUGGCAAGUUAGACAACAGGAGCCGACUGUUUUAAACUUGGCAGAUCUGAUUUGUAUUCCAUCCGGUGGAGUAGGCGAUGGUAGAACAUUUACGUUUGAGGAUCCCAUCUGUGGUAGCGAACCAUGUGAGUCGUCAUUCGCCGGUAUAACCCGAUCUAUAUGCAUCGCUUUGAGUUGUUGCUGGGAACCCGAGGGAGAAGUACAGUGUAAAAAAGUAUACAGGCCAAGAUGUCAAAACUAUUUUCUUGGUAUAACCCAAAGUGUAUGUGUUGCUCUAGGAUGUGUUUAUGACUCAUCAGACAAUAUGUGUUAUGCCGGCCGUACACAAGACAUCGUUCCAGUGAUUACUACUUCUUCCACGCCAAUGACAACUACAGCAGAUCCAAGAUGCAACGAACUGGUACUAAAUCCUCAUGUAAUAAGUAACUGUAGCAACGGCAGGUACUACAAUUCCGAAUGUACGUUGAUCUGCCCACCUGGUUAUACUUAUACAGGAGUCAACACAAUUCAUUGCAUGGAUAACGGCUCGUGGUCAAAUAUUGAUGCGUCAUGUACAGAGAAUCAAUGCGAUGCAUUAAACGUCACACAAGGAGUUAUAUACACUUGUACUAAUGGAAACAACAUUUCUUCAACCUGCCAUUUUACGUGUGAGAACGGUGCGAUUUAUUCUGGCCAAGCUUCCAUAGUAUGUAUGAACAUUGGUUCUUGGAGCAACUCCACUGGUGUAUGCGAAGCACCCGUGCAGGAAUGCCCAUAUCGAGCGCUGAACACACCUAGCUACUCAAUGACAUGCAGUAAUGGUGCGAACUCAGGUUCGGUAUGUACGGUCACAUGCAAAAAUGAAUAUAUGAUGCAUGGAGCACCAAGUAUGUCAUGUAUUGGAAAUCGUUGGAGCUCAGACCCAGUAUGCUUGCAAACCUCUGCAACGUGUGAUUUUCAUGCACGCUUUUAUGAUGCGGGUCUGUGGGUGAUUAAUUCGCGGAAGUUUAUUUUACAAGAAAUGCACCGAAAUCCGUGGGAACUAUACAAUGCUUGUAAUAUUGGAGCGUUGGUGAAAGUCGAAUUUCAACAGGUUGAUACGUUGGUCGUUCAAUUGGAAUAUUAUAAACCUGUCUUGACUCACUUCGAAGUUUUUAAUGAGAAUAGAAAUGUUUUGAUGAGAGGAAUAGGCUCCAAGUUAUAUUUUGGUAAUUUGCAAAAACAACUUUUCGGGAACGAUGUUCGUGUUUUCUUUGCAUUCCGGUUUGGCUCACCGGACGUUAACUACCGAGUAUUACACCGAAUAUGGGAUGUUACAUAUUUGCAAGGUCACUUCUCCGUAGCAGAAUUGGCAACAACUAGAAAAUUGUCAUUUGGAAUCAAUCGCAGUUUGGUUUCUGGUAGGAGUGGUUCGGGCAUUUGCUCAAUGUGUGCACUGUACACGUAAUACAUACAGAAUUAUAUUAUUAUUGUCGAAAAUAAACGCUAUAUCUUGUCAACUCUUCCUAUACCCUAUUGCAUUAUAUCUACCCUUACUUUCUUUAACGAUUUAAUGUAAUUAAAGCCAAAGUUACUUUAA